AGUGGAAAUACUUUGCAAACGACUGUCUGAUUUCAAGAUGCUCCUCACAAAUCUGAAGAAAGAAAACAAAGACCUGCUCCAUAUGGAUCUGACCUCAACAUCCACCUGAUGGAGCAGAUUUGCAUGUGCUAUAUGAAAGUGAGCUAAGCAGCCAGACAGAAGGAUCGCAUCUGAGCUUCAGUUAAACACUGCCAGCUUGAAAGAAGGACAAGAUGAGAGAAGGAAGUCUGGAUCUCUAGUUCUCUAGUGCUGGAGCAGGUUUUAUUUCACCUACACCUUGCAGGACUAAACACAGGAGAGAAGAUGCUGUCUCUCUGUCUUCUGAGUUUGAUUGUGACAGCUCAAGCUGAGCUUUUGCCAGGCUCCUGCAGCUUUCAGGAGAGCGUAUGUGAUUAUAUGUCUGACCCAAGCUUUCUCAGCUGGACCCUCGACCCCUCCGGACAUUUCAUAACAGUCGAAGAGCAGGUCCAGGAGGACCAGAGGAAGGCGGUUCUUCUGGGUCCAGAUGUGGAUCAGCAGGACUGGAGCUGUUUCAGGAUGGUCUAUCAGGUCACAGGCGGCGCCUCCCUGCAGGUGCAGAGACGCACUGAUGGAGAGAGCUUUGAUCAGGUGCUCUGGUCAACCCAAAGCUCAUCUGACAGCUGGAGGAUCGCCAGCAUUGACCUACACAACUCUAAUGAAGCGUUCAAGAUUGUCAUUGAAGGCAAACUGGGAGCAGAAGAAGGAAGCAGCAUGUCCAUCUUUGAGAUUCGGAUCUCUGACAGAUACUGUAUAGAGUGUGACUUUGAAGAAGCUCAUCUGUGUGGCUACGCAAACCAGUGGAACAAAUACAUAAACUGGCGAGUGGGAAAAUCAGAAAAUAAUACACUUAAUGAUAAAGCAGGUCAAUUCAUGUAUGUGGACUCGACAGACUCCAAAGGUUUUCAGGAAGUGGCCAAACUGGUGUCCCCAAUGACCACAGCACCCAUAUCAGGCUGCCUGAGCUUCCAGUACCAGCAGUAUCAGGCCGGAGACCAUCUCUUCUCCCUGUUCAACAGAGAUCAAGCCGGACAGUAUGAGGAGCUGUGGAGAGCAGAUCUAAAGGAGAACAACCACGCCGACUGGAGUCCAGAAGAUAAAGUCUGGAUACCUGUACAAGUGGACCUGAAGGCUCCAUAUCCUGUAGAGUUAGUGUUUGAGGUGGGGUUCAACGGUCCGCAUGGAGGUUUUGUUGUUCUUGAUGAUAUUUCCUUCUCUCCAGAAUUCUGUGAUGCAGGAACAGAGCCAUCGUUUGAUCCGUCUGUUGCCAACUGUGACUUUGAGUCUGGUUUUUGUCAGUAUGUUCAGAGUGAUAGUUCGCUGUGGAGGAAGGUUUCUGUCAGACCCAACAUCUACAUGCCUGGAGACCAUACCACAGGAGCAGGGUCUUUCUUGUUGGCGAACUCUCGCUUGAGUCUGCAGUCUGGAUACGUCAGCCGUUUGUUUGGCCCGUCAAUGCCUGGGAGUCAGAAAUACUGCCUGAAGUUCUUCUACUCUCUGCGAGGUCUCAGUGGAGCUGAUCAGGCUUUGUCAGUGUAUCUUUAUUACAGCGACAGUGCUAAACAUGAACAAAUGUGGACCCAGAAUGAAAAAAUAAGAAACGUUUGGAUUGCAGUUGAACUGACCAUUCAAAGUGAGAAGAAUGCUCAGGUGGUUUUCAUCAGUACUUGCAAAGACAUUUGGAGCUGCAGUUCUGUUGGUCUUGAUGACAUUAAAGUGACUCCUGGUGACUGCUCACUGCAAGCCUCUUCUCUGUCAUUGCCGUCUCAGUGUGACUUUGAAUCUGGACUCUGUGGAUUCUCUCAGGAUAAAGACGGUGACUCAGGUGACUGGUAUCUGGCCAGAGGACCCACACCAACGUCCUACACAGGACCAAGAGGAGACCACACCACUGGACUGGGUCAUUAUUUGCACAUUGAGGCAUCAGUGAUGCUGGCUGGUCAUAAAGUGCGUCUCCUCUCCAGCACUCUGAGGGGCGCUAGAGAAACACAGUGCCUGCAGUUUUAUUACCAUAUGUACGGCUCUGGGAUUGGCCAGCUGAGUGUUUACCUCCAGACCGGACAAGAGAACGAUGACAGACUGUUGUGGACGAGCCAUGGAGAGCAGGGCAUCUCCUGGCUCAAAGCGUCACUAAACUACCACUAUGACCAACAACACCAGAUUGUAUUUGAAGCCACCAGAGGAGCAUCAGUAAGGAGUGACAUUGCAAUCGAUGAUAUUAUUUUUGAAAGGGGACCAUGCAGAGAAUAUUCUGAUCAGCACAUCCCCCAUCUGAGCCUCUCUGGAAAUAAUAAUGACAUUCAGACGAUGCAUUUUAAGUAAAGACAAAGAGACAAGAAUGUUGAAGAGAGCAAAGUGAAAGCAUGUGAAAGUACAGCUGGAGAGCAGCGAUCUCCGAGGAUGAAAGAGGACAUGGAUUGCAUUAUGACCAGAUCUGAUCACCUACAAACCUUCCUUCUGUAUUUGACUAUUGAACAAAAAUAGUUGAACAAAAAGAUCAUUGCCGAUAUGUUGUUUCUCAUGCCUGUUUUAAUAUAUCAGAUUAGAAAGCCUACAAACAGAUGCCACACUUGAUUUAAAGAUUUACUUGAUUUAAUUUGUUCUUCGGGAGCUUUUGUAUGCCAAAUAAAAGUACAAAUGGGAGGGA